GUGAGAGGUGAACAUUCAGUACACUCAGCUCCAGUACGCGUCGAAGAAGUCGCAGAGAUUUUAUUGCCACAUAUGCUGGCAGGAAUAUUUCUCUCUGGAUAUUACUCUCUAAUUGUGUCUUUUUGGAAGGAUUGAGGUUUUCUUAAGGCAUACCGAACAUUUUUUCCACAAUUCCCUCCGUUGAAUACACGGUCGCCACCAUGCCGCUAAAUUCAAGUUUACCGAGUAAAAACUACGACUACGAGUACGACAUGGUUCAGCCCUACUUCUAUUUCGAAAACGACGAGGACUUUUAUCACCAGCAGCAGGGACAACUUCAACCGCCAGCUCCCAGUGAGGACAUUUGGAAGAAAUUCGAACUGCUGCCCACUCCUCCUCUAUCACCAAGCCGACGACCCUCGCUCUCCAGCCUGUACCCGUCAGGAGACCACUACCCUUCGACGGCAGACCAGCUAGAGAUGGUAUCCGAGUUUCUCGGCGACGACGUAGUAAACCAGAGUUUUAUCUGUGACGCAGACAUCUCCAAGUCCAUCAUUCUCCAGGACUGUAUGUGGAGCAGUUUUUCUGCUGCUGCCAAGUUGGAGAAAGUGGUCUCCGAAAGACUUGCAUCGCUCCAGGCUGCCAGGAGAGAACCUUCCGCCAGCGACAGUUCAGACAGCAGCAUUAGUAGAUUGAAUGCGAACUAUUUGCAAGACCUCAACACCUCUGCUUCGGAAUGCAUUGAUCCUUCGGUGGUCUUCCCUUACCCACUGGCAGAAAAUCCUAAGCCCAGCAAGGUGACACAGUUGACAAUCCUGUCAAUGGACACUCCUCCCAACAGUGGCAGCAGCAGCGGUAGUGAUUCAGAGGAUGAUGACGAUGAGGAGGAUGAUGAUGAUGAGGAAGACGAGGAGGAGGAAGAUGAGGAGGAGAUCGACGUGGUGACGGUGGAGCGGCGACAGGCGGUGAGGCGGAGCGACUCUGAGCCCUCCUCGAACCUGCGGCAGCACAGCCCUCUGGUGCUCAAGCGCUGCCACGUCUCCACCCACCAACACAACUACGCCGCGCCACCCUCAACGCGCCACGAGCAGCCCGCCGUCAAGCGUCUGCGUCUGGAGACGGUCGGCGCCGGCAACGGCAGCAGCAACGGCGGCAGGUCAGGAAGGCAAGCGGGCGGCAGCCGCAAGUGCACGAGUCCACGGACAUCAGACUCUGAGGAUAACGACAAGCGCAGGACUCACAACGUGCUGGAACGCCAGCGACGUAAUGAACUCAAGAUGAGCUUUUUCGCCCUGCGGGACGAGAUCCCAGAGGUGGCCAACAACGAGAAGGCGGCCAAGGUGGUGAUCCUCAAGAAGGCCACAGAGUGCAUCUUCAGCAUGCAGACAGACGAGCAGCGGCUGCUCUCCACGAAGGAGCAGCUCAAGAGGAAAGGGGAACAGCUCAGACUUAGGCUUGAACACCUACGGAACUCUCACAUAUGAAAUGGUCUUGAUGACCUGAGGGACUAUUGAGAAACGCCGAAAAAGACACUUAAAGAGAAAAAAAAGAUGUUCAGCUUUUUUUACGCAGGUUUAAGACUGUUGCUCUGUAUAGUUGUGAUGUUGCAUGCAAAUGCAAUUUUUUUUGUAAUUUGUCUGAUUUUUUCCAUGUUCAACUGCCUCAAAGUUUUAAAGAAGUGGCAAAAUUUAAUAAUUUGUAUUUAAGUCAUUUAUUUUUAUUAAUAAAAUAUAAAAAUAAGGCCACCAUUGGU